AUGACGAUCUGGUCCGGUUGCCGUCGUGAACAAUCCUGCAUGGUCUUCUCAAGAUCGUCACUUUCCUGCAAGAUCUUCUCCAGAAUCCAGGUCAUUCCUUUCUCACACCCUGCGUUGAAAUCCAUUGUGAAUUCUGUCCAUCCGUCUUGCUAUCUCAUUACUUGGUGCUAUGGUGAUGCCGAGGUCUGCGGAUUGUAUACGAUUGAAAGUGCAUUUGCCCUUACAGUAGCUUUUCUCAUCAACAUAUCUAUCGUAUCUGUCAGUGGUGCUGUCUGUGGUUCAGGUAAUUUUAACCGAGAAGAUCAGGCGAACUGCAGUGAUCUGGACCUAAACAAGGCUUCAUUUUUGUUAAAGAUUGUUUUUGUGCUGGCUUACCGACGAGUUACUGUGCUCAUGAAGAAAAAGUACAGAAGGAAGAAUCGAUGGAGCUUGAGUUGA